CAGGCGAAGAGCUCGGCAAGUCGCCAUGGCCAAGAAGAAAAGCACUACUAGUAACCUGCUACACUGUCGCCUCAAGACCGCGGUCUGCCUCCUCGCUCCCCUCCUCCUGCUCGCCGUCUUCGUCUGCCUCCAGCUCCAAACCCUCGGUCUCUUCCCCACCGUCGCCCGGUGCGCCGGCCAGACCGCCGCCGUCGACGACCUCGUCCGCCGCCUCCGUUCGUUCGCCACCUUCCACCCGCUCAAGGACCCUCGGGAGCCCGCGGCGGGGAGCUGGUUCGUCAGCGUCCUCAACGACACCUCGGAGCCGGACGGCGAGGCGAAGCACCUGGUCCUCCCUUCCGAGGCGUCCUCCGGCCGCCUCCUCUGCGUGCACGCGCCACCGGGCGUCGACGCCACCUACGCGCUCGCGUGGCGCGACGCGCUGCCCCUCGGCGUGGCGCUCCGGCCCGGGCUGGCGUUCGUGUCCGAGUCGCCCUACGACUACAACAACCUCUGGCACGGCCUCACGGCGCUGGCGCCGUUCGCGUCAUGGCACGCGCGGAGCGGGUGCAGGGCGGUGCCGGCGAGGUGGGCGCUGUUCCAGCGCGGCGGGGCGAGGAUGGGGAUGAGCGGCUGGCUGACGUCGCUGGCCGAGGCGACCAUGGGCGUCGAGAUGGCCGUCGAGACGUUCCGGCCGCCGCUCGCCACCGGCCCGGUGUGCUUCGAGGAGGCCGUGGUGUUCCGGAGGCAGAUGGACGGGCUGAGCAGGGAGCGCCUGCGCGGGGCGUUCGACUUCAUGCGGUGCAAGGCCAGGGCGCACUGCGGCGUCGUGGGCGUGCCGGCAGGAGCCGGGAACGGCAGCCGCGGUGGCGCCGCCGCCACGGAGGCCCUGCGCGUCACGCUCCUGUUCCGGAGGGGCGCGCGGGCGUUUAAGGACGAGCCGGCCGUCGCGCGCGUGUUCGAGAAGGAGUGCGCGCGCGUGGCCGGGUGCGUCGUCACCGCCACGCACACGGACAACCUGACGUUCUGUGACCAGGUGAGGCUGAUGAGCGCGACGGACGUGCUGAUCACGCCGCACGGGGCGCAGGUGACGAACCUGCUGUUCAUGGACCAGAACAGCAGCAUCAUGGAGUUCUACCCGCUGGGGUGGAGACAGAGAGCCGGCGGCGGGCAGUUCGUGUACCGGUGGAUGGCGUCCCGGGCGGGGAUGCGGCACGAGGGCUCGUGGUGGGAUCCCAACGGCGAGCCGUGCCCCGACUCAACGGACAUCCUCAGCUGCUACAAGAGCCGGCAGAUCGGGCACGACGAGGCCUACUUCGCGCAGUGGGCGGCCAAAGUCUUCGCCGCAGCCAAGGAGCGCAAGACGAUAGGCGGUGCCGUCAGGGCGCUGCUGGAACCGGAAGAGCGGCGGCGAGAAGCAGCGGCCUGCAACUGCACCUAGCUGGCCUGCCGUGGUGUGCUCAACCUACU